UAUGAAACAGCUUAUCCAUCACAACUCUGAAAGCCCUCCAAAUAAAGCACUCCAUCAGCUUGCAAAAGCAGCUGAAUCUACUAUGCAUAAAGUUAUUCUAUUAUAACACUAGAUGACUGAGCUUAUAAGGAACAGAAGUGAAGCGCGCAGCCCCUAUAUCCUAUAUUGCUACUGAAGGGGUCUUUGUAGGGACUGAAGGCCAGCAACUUGCUCAAGAAACUAUACAGAUAAUGGAUUUAGGGGUACCAGUUCCUAAAAAGCGUGCUGCGUGCACCACCACGAUGUAGUAACUGCCAUCAAAUUGGUCAUAUUAGAACUAGC